GGUCCCGCUGGUGGCGGACGCGGUGGGCCGACGAGGCGUCCGCCGUGGGCAAUAUGGCCGAGAGGCCGGUCGGCCCGCGCGGUGCGGUGUCCUCAGCCGUCUACCCCGACACCCCCGCCGACUUCCCCCCGCACCUCCAGGCCGGCGCGAUGCGGCGCCGCUUCUGGGGCGCGUUCAACUGUCUGUGCGCCGGCGCGUUCGGGGCCCUGGCCGCCGCCUCCGCCAAGCUGGCCUUCGGCAGCGAGGUGAACAUGGGCUUGUGCAUAUUAGGCAUUAUUGUGAUGGCGAUCACGAAUUCUCUGAUGUGGACGUUCUUUAGCCGGGGCCUCAGUUUCUCCAUGUCUUCAGCCAUUGCAUCUGUCACAGUGACUUUUUCAAACAUCCUCAGCUCGGCUUUCUUGGGCUACGUGUUGUAUGGAGAGUGCCAGGAGGUCUUGUGGUGGGGAGGAGUGUUUCUCAUCCUCUGUGGACUCACGCUCAUCCACAGGAAGCUCCCACCAACCUGGAAGACCCUUCCACACAAGCAGCAGUAGCUCCAGUUGGCUGGACAGACCAGCUGGAAAGAUAGUGAUGGUGCCCCAGGCUCGGGUCGGCAGGUGGAACUGCUGCUCAGGUGACCUUGGUGGGCAGCUUCCGACAGUCACCAUCACCAAAGGGAGAUGCUGGACCGGUGGGGCGUUUGGCACCAGCCCUGCUCCCCAGGAAAGCAUGCUUCUGACCGAGCAGCCUUGAGGGCGGAAGGCUCUGACCUCUGCAAGGGGAGUCACAAUCGCAGCAGUGUUCUGGCUGAAGCUUUCAUGAUAAGAUGUGCGUAGUGCAUUUGACCUGCACACUCCUGGGCAUACCCUGGUGGGCUUCCUCUUCAUGUGAGCCUUGGCGGAUGCUGAAGACCCUGGGGUUGGUCUGCUUCAUGUAUGGUACUUGAAACCAAGCUGUAAUUAUUGUCAUGUUGCCUCACAAAGGCCAGUCCCAUAACACACAAGAAUCAGUGACUGUUGGGGCUUUCUGACAACUUCAUGCUGAUGUAUCAGGCCAGGUCAUCCAUGUCAUGCUUAUGUAUUAUGGCAGAAGGAAAACUGGAUUAAUAAAUACUUUUUUUUUUUUUUUUUUUUUUUUUAAUUAAAACUACUAGGUAUGGAAUCUUACUUUCCUACUUUUGGGGGUAGAAGGUAGCAGCUAGAGUGAGCCUAAAUGCUGAAAUUCCUACAAGGGAGGCAGGAAAGUGUAGAGAUUCUGGUCCCAGAGGAGCAGCCUCAGCAGCUCUGCUGCCUGCCCCACUCUGUGUUUCCUUCCUGGGGUCACACACGCUGGAGCUCUUUGCAUUUCAGGAGCAUCUGUGCAUUCAUUCUCUUGGUGCUCCCAAGGAGAAGAGUUUGACCUCACUUUGAGGACUUUGUUUUAUUUUACUUACUAGGAAUGAAAACUGACCCAGAAGAUUUCCAUUGCCCCCUCACCCAACUUGUAACUGUGUGGCCCCUGAGCUAUUCUCUAGGUCUCUUUCUUUUUUCUUCUUUGUAAUUGACUUUUUACUUAGGCAUAACUUCAGAUUACUGAAAGUUUGUAAAAAUCAUAAAAAGAAUUCCCAUAUACCCUUCACCCAGAUUCCCCAAAUGAUUACCAUAUUUGUUUAUCCUUCUUGAUAGAUUAGUAGAUAGAUACAGAUUUUUUUGUUUAACUGUUAAGGGUAGAUUGCAGAUAUGAUGUCCCUUUACCACUAAAUACUUUGGUGUAUAUUUCAUAAAAACAAGGACAUUUAUUAAAACCAGGAAACGAGUACUGACAUGAUAUAUUAAUUAGUCUUCCAAUCUUACUUGGGUUUUUCCAGUUGUGCCAAUAAUGUCCUUUAUAGCAAAAGAAUGACCUAGGUCACACUUUGCAUUCCAUUGUCUUUGGUCUCCCUUAAUCUGGAGCAUUUCCUUAGUUCUAGACUUCAACAGUUUUGAAGAGUGCUGGCCAGUUUCUAGUAGAGUAUCCCUCACCUUGUGUCUCAUCCUUAGGGUUGCUUGGUGAAUUUCCCCAUCCCAGAGGGUCGUCUAUUUUAAAACAGUGUCACUGCUUCACAGAACAGGGAACAGAAAAGGAGGGUCCAUGUGCCAGGCUCUGUUUCCCAUGGGAAGCCUCAGUCCUCUCCCACCACCAUGGAGAGGCACCAUAACCUCAUGUUUUAGAUCAGGUUGCUGCCCAAGGUCACACUAAGGAUCAGUGGAGCUGGGUUUGAAUCCGCUUUGCAGACUCUCCAGCCCCCAACCCUCUGAGCUCCUGGCAGGAUUUGUUCAACAACUUUCUUGCUUGAGAAGCAGUUCAAUAGGCAAGGGGUGGCUACUUUGAAGUUCUGCAAAGGGACUAAAUCAGGUUCUCCUCCUUUUAUUCCAGUGACAUUUAAGAGGAAAUGUGACUCCCUUGUUGAGUCCCAAAGUCAUAGAGUUCCUCUUCAGGUGGCUGACUGCUCCUGACCUCUGACUUGGAGAAUGAGAGGCCUUGGGACUAAAAAGGGGAGUGUAGAGUGACCUUGUGAAAGGCUAUCAUUUUACAGAGGAGCACCUGCUGCUCAGGGACAUUUAAUGACUUUCCUGAGGUCCCUGCUGGUGAAUGGCAGAGCUGGGACCCAGACCUGAUGUGUGUCCAUUUAAUGCGGCAACAUGCUGCCUCCCCUACUGGGUUACAAUUUGGCUUUACCUUCAAGGUCAAAAUGACCAGAUACAACGGCCUCUUGGAUACCAGUGUUGGGACAAUGGUGGGAGGGGCUGAUGUGGCUUGAGAUGGCCCUUUGUGCUGGGUUCGUCCAAGUAACCAUCACGCCCACCGUACAUCAGAAUUGAUGGAUGGGUACCUGCCUGGUAUUUUCAUGAGUAGUAUUUCAUUUGUUCUUCUAACCACUCUUGGAAGUCAUGACAUCUAAAUAGGGACCUGGACAAUGUGAUAGGUGUGGGAUAAAGGUACUAUUUCUUAUUGGUAGAGGAAGGAGAGAUUGUGCAAUUCAAGGUGUUGGGACAAACGUUUAGUAGUUAGAGAAAAAUAAAGGUGGAUCCCUACCUCAUUUCUUGUACCACAGAAAAUUCCAGAAAAGCUAAAGAUGAAACUGUAAAAAGAUUACAGGAAAAUGAGAGACAAUAUGAAAACAAAUCUUUGAAUGGAGGUGUUUCAAAGGAAAACUCAAAACCUAGAAACACAAAGGGAAAGAUAGAUAAAAACUGACUAUAUAAAGUUAAAUGUAUAUGUGGCAAAACUUCCAGAGUCAAGAUACUGGAACUGUGAAAAGUACUUUCAGCACAUCUGGUAAGCAAAAGCUAUUUUUAGUGUAAUGGGAGCUCUUCUAUAGAUUUAUAAGAAAAAGAUCAAAAGAUAAAUGUGCAAAGAAUAGAAUUAGGUAGUUCAAGGAGGAGAAAAAUACAUAAUGAUUUAUAAUACAUGAAAAUAUGCUCAACCUUUUUUUGUAAUGAAAGAAAUAAAAAUGAGAUGUCUAUUA